CGUCCGUGGUGCCACAGCGGAACAGUUACAGUGUAACAUCAGUUUGUACAUGUGAAUCUUUGGCAUGAUCAGGAGGAGUUGCUUGUAUGACAUUUGGCCAUGAAGCGAUUGUACAUUGGUGGUCUCAGCCACACAGUGACCGAGAAAGAUCUCAAAGACAGAUUUGGGAAAUUUGGUGACGUUACAGAUGUGGAAAUUAUUACGAGGAAAGACGAUCAAGGAGCUCCUCUGAAGACAUUUGGCUACAUCAACAUAAACAUCACAGAUGCUGAAUUUAAGAGAUGUGUAGGCAUUUUAAAUAAGUCCACAUGGAAAGGUGGAACCCUGCUCAUUCAGUUGGCAAAGGAAAGCUUUCUGCACAGACUUGCUGAAGAACGAGAGCAACAAGUUGAAAAGAUCAAGACUCCAAAAACUGCCCCUCAGGAGAAAUUGGUUGACUCAUUUAAAGCAGCCGGUGUUGAAAACUUCCACAUGAAAGCUGCGGUUCCAGGAACUGAAAUUCCUGGCCAUAAGGAUUGGGUCGUGAGUAAAUUUGGGAGGGUCCUUCCUGUCUUGAAUCUGAAAUCUAAAGGAAAGAACAAGGUCUUCAAAUAUGAUCCGUCCAAACACUGUCAUAACAUCAAGAGACUGGAGACUGCGGACGAUUUCACAUCAGUGUCCGAACUGACAUGGGAGGUUGAAGGUGGAGAUGACGAAAUUAGCAAGAAAAGGAGAGGAGAGUUUCCAAAGCAGAAAACCGGUCCCAAAAGAUCCAAAGUAGACUUGAGUUUGUUUCUUAGCAAUGGAAUUAAUGCGCCUGCAUCUGUAAACAAGAACAAAAUCCAGCAACGUGACCUUCCUGCUAUCAAAACAGAAAAAACGGUUAUUAAAAAGUCAGUUUGUGUUUUUGACAGUGAUGUAGACUCUGAAGACGAAAUCAAGAUGUUGGUUGCUCAAGAACAUUUGAGGGACUCCAAACCAACCUCCACAGUGGAUGACGAGGACAACCUGGAGGUUGUGGGAGAUGAUUUUGUAGUGAAAUCCAAUGCUCUCUGGGGUGGAGCAGAACAAAGUGAUGUAAAAUCGCUGCUAACUUCAUCAAAAGAGGAUGAAGAAUACGACUCUGCAGACACUGAUGAAAUCCUCACUAAGAGCAAGACCCCUAAAUUGCAAGAUUCUCCAACAAAAUCCAAUACAAAUGAGUGUUCAUCUGGAUCUGAUGAUGGUGGCGAUGAUGAAUCUGAUGAUGAUUUGAGCGUAGAUUCUGAUUAUGAAGCCAUGAUGAUGGGAAACUGUUACCGCUUGGAUCUUUCCCUUGCAGACUUGGAGCAACUAGCCAAAAGCGCAGAGGGAAUUUCAGAUGAUGAACAUGUAGAAGAACCCGAAGAGCCCAAGACUAAAAGUGCACCGCCCAAAAAAACAGGCAAUUGCCCUGAAGAUAUCCUGGCUUCACUUCUUGGAGAUGACACUCCUGAGAAGGAAAGUAAGAAGAAGAAGAAGAGUCAGGGCACUGCUAAAUCUCUUCCUGCUUUCAUUGGAACAAAGGCUCUUUUUGGAGAUCCUGGGCCCAUCCUGAAAAGAGUCUGUCAAAGUACAGACUCUGAAUCUCCUAAAAGACUCAAACAAGACCCGAAAUUGAAGAAACCAAUUGUUUCAGAUGAUUUAAGCCAACUGAAUUCUUCAAACCAAUCAUCACAACAGAAACUGUCAACUAUACAAGUGCAAUCAAUGACAACAAAACUUGAAAAUGAAGUGUUUAAAUCAGAAGAUAAUUCUUCCUGUCAAGAAUCCACAAGCAGCAAUGAAGAAGAAAGAGCUAAAACCAAACUAAAGAGUAAUGUUGCCUCUUGUAAAUCAAACACUUUAAUCAAACCCAAGGAUACAAAGCCCUCAAGUAAUGACUGUUCUAGUGAGGAAUCAGAAAAAAAUGAGAAAAACGCUCAAGUCUCCAAUUCUCAAUCCUCUUUAACAGCGCAAUCUGCAAGAACACUUUCUCAAAGUGAAUUAAAGACCCCUAAUAACUUGACCACCCCAAUCAAACCCAAACAGACGAAUCUCUCCACUUUUAUCGGUAGCGAAUCUUCAAGUGAGGAAUCAGAAAGCAGUGUGGAAGAAAAUAUCACUUCCAAAAUGUCUUCAGCCACACAAUUGGUAAAAACAAUCCCUAAAGCCAAAAUAAACGCAUCAAAUACACCAAUCAAACCCAAACAGAUGAAUCUCUUAACUUCCACCAGUAGCGAAUCUUCAAGUGAGGAAUCAGAAACCAGUGUGGAAGAAAAUAUCACUUCCAAAAUGUCUUCAGCCAUACAAUUGGUAAAAACAAUCCCUGAAACCAAAAUAAACACAUCAAACACACCAAUCAAACCCAAACAGGCCUCCAGUUCCACCAGCAGUGACUCUUCUGGCGAUGAACAGGAGUCUAGUGAUGAGGAAGAAAAGUCCAAACCUGUAGAGUCCCAUUCAAAAGUUCUUCACACGAUGGUUGUUGACGCUCAGAAGCAACAGCAGGACAACCAGAAACGGAUAGCGGCGCUGGAGCAACGGCAGAAAGAGACUGAGCAGCAGAAGAAACUCAUUCAAGGCGCUCUUUCCAAUGUGGAUGCAGUGAAAGCAAACAAAGGCAAACACAUCGUGUUCGAUUCUGAUGAAGAAGACAACAACGAAACUGCAAACAAACCCGAACAACAACCAACAAGCCAGAAGAAAAGUCUCUUUGAGGAUGAUUCAGAAUCUGAUGAAGAUCAAACAUUAAAAGCAAAGGAGGACAGGGCAGGUGGCAGCAAGCUGUUUGACAGUGAAGAUGAGGACGAUGCUGCUGAAGAUGAGCGUUUCCAGAUUAAACCUCAGUUUGAGGGUAAAGCUGGAGAAAAGCUAAUGAAACUACAGGCAAGAUUCGGAACCGAUUCCAGAUUCCAGAUUGAUUCGAGAUUUCUGGAAAGCGACGAUGAGCAUGAAGAUCAAGAUACAGCAGCUCCAGGAAUAUAUGCUGAAGAAGAGCUUCUUGAGGAGAAAAAGAAAAGCCUGGACAUCCUCCAGGGCAUUUUAAACACCAGCAUACAGCCCCAAAGCACCAAAAAGAGCAAGACGUUCAAAGAUGUUUCGGGUCUGCAUUACGACCCAACACGAGAAGAACAUGCUGCUUUUGAGACCAAGAUUGAGGAACAGAAGAAAGAAAGCAAAGCGGCAAGACGAAAGAAACGUGAGGAGGCUGAAAAACUCCCUGAAGUUUCCAAGGAAGUCUAUUAUGACGUGUCUGUGGAUUUGAAGGACGUCUUCGGGACGGCCAAAGAAAACCAGGAGGAGAAGAAAGAGACCAUUUUAUGGGAUAAAGAGGCUGAGGAUACUGAAGAUGGAGCACCCAUGGAGGUCUCCUUCACUUCUAAUGUAGAAAGCAAUAAAGACUCCUCUGGUGGAUUCAAGUUUUCCUUCUUUGGUGAUGACACGAUUGCGGAAAAUAGCGCCAAGACAGAUGAAUACAAAAUAGAGACAAUAAAAGCAGCCAAGUUCUCUUGGCAAGUGGACCCUCGUUUCCAGGACAGCAGUUCAGACGAGGAAGGAGUCGAUGAGGUUGAGGAGGACCAAUCAGCUUCUGUCAACGCCCAAGAGGAACCACCGAUGCCAUCAAAAAAGGCAUUUUUCUUUUUCCAUAAAGAUGACGAACGGUUAAAAGAGGGACCAGGAAUGUUCUGUAGAAGCGGGAACCUAAAAGACCAGAGGGAAGCCUGGGAAGAGAAAAGAAUGUCACUUAGAGAGGAGUGUCGCAAGAAACACAGAGAUGCCAGAAGACGCCAAAGGCCAUCACUGAAGACAUGAACGUAUUUUAAAAGACAUUUCAUAUAUAUAACAUGACAAAUAUCUGUAAAUUAUUGUUCAAAAUAACAGUACCUAACGCAUAUUUCCUUUUGGAGUAAAUAAAUGUUGGUUUCCACCACUA